AUGACAACUACAACCAGAGACCCCAAAGUCCUCUCCUCGCGCCUCGCCAACAAAGUAGCCAUCGUAACCGGCGGCGGUUCUGGGUUUGGCGAAGCAAUAUCCAAGCGUUUCGCCGAAGAAGGCUGCAAAGUCAUUGUCGCGGAUCUAGAUCCAGUCGGCGGCGAACGAGUGGCGACUUAUCAUGAGCAUAGUAUGCACUUCGUCAAGAUGAAUGUUGCGCUGGAGGAGGAUUGGGAGGCCGUCGUGGAGAAUACGUUGGGGAGGUGGGGGAGGAUUGAUGUUGUGGUUAAUAAUGCUGGGACGAGUUAUAAGAAUAAGCCAACGGCUGAAGUGACCGAAGAUGAAUUUGACAAAGUGUUCGCUGUAAAUGUCAAAUCGAUCUUCCAGUCUGUUCGUCAUGUUAUUCCCAAUAUGAUCAAUCAAGGGGAGGGUGGAAGCAUUAUCAACAUUGCCUCAAUCGGUGCUACUAGACCAAGACCGGGACUCGUCUGGUACAAUGCUAGCAAAGCUGCUGUUACAAACGCGACGAAAGGACUGGCUUCUGAAUACGGCGAGAAGCAAAUCCGUAUCAACAGCAUUUGCCCCCUUCUUUCGGGCACUGGAUUAUUUGAAACAUUCGUAGGUGUACCAUACACGCCCGAAAACGUGAAGCAGUUCAUCGGUGCCGUACCCCUAGGACGUCUCACGGACCCGGCUGAUAUCGCCAAUUACUGUCUGUUCCUGGCGAGUGACGAGGCAAAAUUCAUUACGGGGACUUGCCUGGAGAUAGAUGGUGGGAAGGGAAUUUAA